UAACUGCAAACACAGCAACACAUAAGAAAAUUUAUUCUUUCUGACCGCGUAUAUGAAUAAAGGCGUUUGCAUCAGCAACGACAUCGCCACCCUGUGGGAUCGAUCAUCCACCCUGACCAUCAAGGACGCAACCUUUUGACAACGAUGAACAACAAUACAACCUUCACGUUUCACAGCCAUAUGGACUCGUUUCCAGUACAGCACUUUGCUUCGUCAGAAGGAAACCAAGCUGGCCCCCGUAAACGAAAGAGUUCCUAUGAAGAUAUCUCGCCACUCGUCAUGAAGACCCGGUCAGGCAUCGGCCUUGAGCAGGAGAUCGUCUAUGAUAGGACGAUGACUUUGAUGAUGCAGGGACAGAGGCGAUUACUGGAGGAACAGAAGCAGAAGGAACAGCAAGAACAUGAGUUAUUGCUACAGCAACAGCAAUACCAAAAGCAGCAGCAACUGCAAGCACUGGCGCAGAAAGAAAGUCCAGCAGAAGCCAUGAGACGCUUGUUCGCAUUCAGUAAAGCCCAGCCGUCAUCACAGCAACAACAGCAGCAACACUUGCCUUUCCACUCUCAAGUAGCUCCGUAUCAAAACUCGGGAUUCCCCACUUCGGCGGUACCGCUAGCGAGAGCAUGGACGUUUUCGGAUUGUGCGGGCGAGAUUAGUGGGUGUGAAACAAGUCGGAUCCCAGGAAUGCGGGAUCGGUAUCAGGCUCUGAUCGAUUCUUGCUCGAUCUGUCAGCGACCUCAGUGCCAGUUCUGUGCAGUCAAUUGUCUCUCAUGUCAAGCAUUUGCAUGUCGUGCAUGCUGUGUAACAAGCUACGAAAAGUCGGAUGUCGAACACUACUGUCGAGCAUGCAGGACUUGAAGAAAGCAAGGAGGACACUCGAUAUGAUCACCUACAAAGCGCGCCGGACAUAAGUACCUUGCGAAUACAGCACAGUCAUCGACAGAUUGCGCGUCCUAUUCAUUCGCGUUAUAUACCCACUGUCUUCUGAGACUUGACUCAUGGACCGUUCACUUGGACAUGGCAAUCUGUUGUCAGAAACUGAAAAGAAUAAUAAAACGCUCGGC